UUCUGUCAAUAAUCCAGUGGGAGCAGAAUAUAUUUUAAUGGAACAUUUACCUGAACGAGGCUCUUUCAACAUGGCUAAUGAAUAUAUUUUAGCUAUUAUUCGAAAUCAAAUCCUUUAUCACAAUACCUUUAAAUCUAUAGAACAACAAAAAUACUGGAUUCAAAAAUAUGAAGAAUUAUAUAAAUUAAUUCCUAAAUAUUUUCCAGAUGAUAACAAAACCACAUUUAUACUGAUGCAUAGAGACUUUCAUUCAUCAAAUAUUUUAGUCAAUGAUGAUAAAAUUACAGGGGUUGUAGAUUGGGAAUAUACUGGUGUAUUCCCAAUGGA